AUGUCUACCACCUACACCACCACCGCCCUUCCAACCAUGUCUCUCCAAGCUGCGCCUCUGCAAGCCUCCGCGCAGCAGUCAGCGUCCGACGACGAGCUCCUCCAGCUCUUCCGCCAAGUGACCAUCAACGGCAGCGGCGCGCACGACGUCUCCGAGAAACAGAUCAAGAAGGCCUUCCAGCAGGAGAUCAGCCGCCCCCUGGGCCGCCAGGUGCUCGAAGCGUCCUUGAAGCAGGCCAACGCGUGUCGGUGCUACCACUGGGAAUAUAACGACCAGAUCAACGGCAAUGUGACCAUCUCGCGUGUCAAGCUGAACUUCAAGCUGAAUUCAUCGAGUAUGGGACAGUCUGUUUCCGGCGAUGUUUAUGGGUUCUUCCGCCCGAACAGCGGGUAUAUCAAUGCCACCAUUUACUACGACAACCAGCAGACCCUCCAGGGUAAUCAGAGAGUCGAGGUCUACAUGAAUGAUGGCAAUUUCAUCAUCGACUUCAAGACCACCGACCAGUCUGACAAGCCCGUUGCUCGCAUUGUCCAGACGGCCUCGUCUUUCACCUUCCAGGGCGUCGACACCGGCGACGCAACUUGGUCCACCCAGUGA